CAACGUGGGUCUACUGUAGUUCACCGGUUUUUAGCAACAGUGUUAUGUUUGACUGUAGCCUCUCUCAGUUGCUAUAAUGCAGAUAUCCAGUGUGAAUGAUGUGAAGAUUUAUAACUUAAGCCAUGGAAAGUCUCUCCCGGAGGUAAGGGUUGAAGUUAUGUCUUAACGCCGAGAUACAUUUAAUAAAUUUGAAGUUUUCAGCUUUCACCUAGCUUUGUAGCUAACAAGCCUAGUCUAAACAAGGGUAUUUUUAGUCCUUAUAUCAUCAUGUCUUAAAGCAUUAGCGUUAAUUUUUAUGAAUAGUUUGUCAGUUGAAGAAGUUUCACGACGUACUAGUGCUAAAAUGAGCCUUCCCAAGAGUUGAUGUAAAAGCAGUAAGAGCCAUAGCUUUGUAAUUAAGCAUUAUUUAUAAACCUGUGGUCUACUGUGUUAUAAUUUGAUAUCCAACCCUGAACACUUUACAUGUGUUAUGCAGUGGCUGUCAGAUCGAAAGAAGAGACAGUUACAGAAGAAAGAUGUUGGUAAGUUAACUUCUUCAGCCUCACAGGUGAUCUGCUCUGAAUUUUCAGUCUUUAUUAUUUAACUUUUAUGACUUUAUUCUACUUCAGACAUCCAGCGCAGAAUUGAGCUCAUCCAAGACUUUGAGAUGCCCACAGUGUGCAACUCUAUCAAAGUAUCCAGGGAUGGUCAGUUCAUCUUGGCAGCAGGUAAGAGCUAACACAGCAGAGAGUGUUCAUCCAAACAUCUCUUAAAACUGAGACAGAUGCAAAAACUUAAGCUGUUGGUUGAUUUCAGGCACGUAUAAACCCAGGAUACGCUGCUAUGACACCUACCAGUUGUCCCUGAAAUUUGAGCGCUGUCUGGAUUCAGAUGGUAAAUCACCUGAUACGCUACAACUGUGUUAUUAAUGACAUUUAUGUCAAAUAUUAAUCAAUUUCUUUCCUCUUUUUCCCCUAAAGUUGUGGCUUUUGACAUCCUGUCCGAUGACUACUCCAAGGUAAGACAGAGCUUUCCCCGCCCAAACCAGAGUUGUUGUAUUGUUUACCUGACAUGUUUUCCUUGGUUAUGUUUGAUGUAGUUGUGGCCAGAUAAUGUAUGAUGUCAUGUUAUUGCAGAGAAAUAUAUAUUACAAUAUAAUUGACCUCUAAGGAGUUAUGAGAUUGACUGAAAUGAAAGGUGGUGCUUUUUUAUUUCUUACAAAAGCAAACAAGGCUUGUCGUGAUCACCUGCCCCCCUAGUUUUUUGAUUACAAGUAUCUACUGACACCAAGUCCAAAUCCCAUACUUGAAUUUUUCAACAUAAUAGAACUGUACAUAAAGCUUGUAUUUACAAAAAAAAUGAAGAAUGAGCUAAAGAUGUUGCCAACUUACUCUUGCAUUGUAAAACUCACAAAUAAAUCUGUUUCUCGUGCUCUGCUGUAUGAGCGCUGAGCGUGAUGCUCAGGGAUGACAUGAGACAAAUGUCAGAGCUCCAAAUGACUAUUUUAAAACUAAUAUCACAUUUUAAAAUCACUGGACAUGUUGUCACGAAUUUUGCUGUACAGCUCUGGUAAGGCAGUCUCUAAAGAGUACAUAGUGUGGAUCAGAAGCUCCUACAGAUGAGGUUUCUCCUGCAGAGGGGCCGGUAGAGCUCUGAAUUCAACCUCCUUCUCUGUUUGGCCCUUUCGCUAGAACAAGGACAUUCACCCUUCCUUUUUCAGUCCAGAGUUUGUCACUUUGGUGCAGCAGCCUCCAUGUUUAGUGUUCAGAUGUGGUGCGAGCUUGAUAGAAUUGAAUGCAGUCUUGCUGUUACUGCCUGACGAAAUGGUCAUUUUAAGCUGUUUUUCAGCUCUACUCUUUGUACCAUGUUCAGAGUAUGUGUUAAGUGUUUUUGAGUGCCUUACCAUGACAGUGCAGCUUCAUUUCCUGUUUUUCUCAUACUUAAUAAUAUUUAUUGUGCAUCUUUCAUGUUUAGACCUGAUAUCUGUCAUUCUGUGUGUCUCUGCAGCUGGUGUUUUUGCACAGUGAUCGAUACGUAGAGUUCCACUCGCAGCACGGACACUACUAUAAGACACGUAUUCCAAAGUUUGGACGGGACUUUUCUUACCACUACCCCUCCUGUGACCUCUUCUUUGUGGGGACCAGGUAAGAGUGUUGUUGUAAUACAGGUGUUUAGACACUUUUAGACAUAUAGGAGUAACCUGGUUGGAACAAACUGUGUUUUCAUUUCAGUUCAGAAGUGUUCAGGCUGAAUCUGGAGCAAGGACGUUUCCUCAACUCACUUCAGACUGAUGCUGUGUGAGUAAAAUCGGAUUGUUCAUAUGUGCAGGUUGAUUGAUUUAAAGCACAGAACCAGUGCUUUUUUCUCUUUAUUGUAUAGUGAGGGGGUUAUUGUGCAAACUGUCACUGACAGAUCAGCUCUGAGAUGAUGCUCAUUAUGGGUGUUCCAACAAGUGUACCUCACAAUUUGAAUUUGAUUAUGGGAGCUUUGAUUCUUUGAUUAUAAUGAUUGUCGAUUUGAUUAUUGGUGCCAAGAUUUUUCGAUUAUUGCCAUUUUUUAUGCUUUUUUCCAUAGAGGAUUGAUUUUGUCUUCAUCUGUGGCUAUAUUUGUAAAUAAAUAAUCAGCCUGUCACCAGAGGGUGCUGUUCUCAGGCUGGCUUCACCCAGUGAGGAGGCAGACGGCGUCCAUUCUUUAUACAGUCAAUGCUGUUGCCAUUUUGCAAAGAAACUAACGUGCUCUGUUGUUGUGGUCCCACUCACUAAACAGUCUCAGCGGCGCAUGCGUUAAGAUUCCAGUUAUGUGUUUUUGGUUCCAGCCUUGCGGCAAAGCAUCAAUGUUUUUAAUUAUUUAUUCAUUUUAAGCAUCGAUGUUAAGAAUUGAAUUAAUUUACGUGAAGCAUUGCAAUGCAUCGACUCAUCAAUGAAUUGCACCCACCUCUAAUGCUCAUGAUGCCUCUUUUCUCUCUUGACUUCUUACCCAGGGAGAACAAUGUGUGUGACAUUAAUCCGGUCCAUCAUUUGUUCGCCACAGGAACCUCUGAGGUAAGUGUCAUAGCAGGCUGAGUGUGAAACAAGUGAAAGUGCUACUGAGUGUGUGAUGGUAUAGCUGUUAAUUACUGAGGGUAUGCUCCAACACACAAAGACUUGUUCUACACACUAUCUUUAUAAUGUUCAGUACAAUGAAAAGCUAAAUUUUAGCUUUAAGAACUUCUAAGAAUCUGAGUAGACAACUUGUAGUUGUAGUCUCGUUAACAGUGACCCUGCAAGUUUCACAGUCUUUGUAAAAUCUCAGUCUGAGACUAGGCUGUGACUAAAAACUCGAAGCACUUGUCUUUAGAUGUGAGCAGGUGUAAGCUGAUAGUUUUCUAGGAGUCUUUUCCAAAUCUUCUCAAAGUCCUCUGGUGGAUAAGUGGCCUUAGUCAGACUUUUGCUGUUGAAAUGAAGGUUUAACUUCAGUCCGGAUUUCACUGUUUUCAACCAGAUUUCAUUGUUGAAGUUCCCCUUAGACCUCAGUGCGGUAUAAAACAGAAAAGUCUUGGUGGGUACGGCUGCACUGUCACUAAAGCUGUAACCUCAGAGGCUUGGCUGAAUAAGAUGUUGUUUUUUUGCCUGUUUUCAUUUGUUUUCAUUUUUUACCAAAGAUGAUACAAUAUGAAACUUAACGUUUUUUUUUAUCACCAGAGAAUACAUCUCUUUCUUCUCUCUGUUAAGAUUAAGCACCCCACACUCACUCGACUGAUGGAAACAAAGAGUGCUAAAUGGCCUCUGAGUGUCAAAGUGUAAUUUUUUUCACGUUUCUAGGAGCCCCCAGUAUGAGGGGUUUGAUCCCGAUCCUUUAAAGUCCUUUCUGUUUAAAAAAAACUCUCACUGAGGUUAAAUCUUCCAGCCUCACACACCUGACUGACUGUCUGUAUUCUUCUCAUUUUAAUGACCAGGGCAGGGUGGAGUGCUGGGACCCUCGUGUCCGCAGCAGAGUGGGCAAGCUAGACUGCGCCCUGAGCAGCGUCACUGAAGGAACAGAGUGGGUACCAGGCUGAGAAUGAAAGGAUUUAAUGACGCUCAUGCAGCUUCGAGGGUUUUGUCUGAUGUUUUUUCUUUGUACCUUUGCCUUCCCUGUCCCCGUGGUAUGAUAUACUUUUCUUUUUGACUACAGAGUUCAGAGUUUACCAUCAAUAAGUGCUCUGAAGUUUAACAGCUCCCUCACUAUGGCUGUUGGCACCAGCACAGGACAGGUGAGCCGUUCAAUAAAUCACUACAUUGACACAGAGCUUCAGUCUAACAGGAGAUCAAUGAAAUCAAACCUGCAGUGAUUACCUCAGACCUUCCUCUCUCCAUACCUCUGGAAAAUCAUUUACUCAUCCGUCUUUUUAAAGUGGUUUGACGCUGAUCUGAUUCUGUAUUCAGUCUGUUCAUCAUUUAACUCCACAGAUAAGACUUUUCUCUGUCGCACAAACACUUAAAGUCUUUGAAUUGAACUUCUUUCUAAAGUUAUAACCCCAUUUCUUUCAGAGAGCAUCCUCUAACUUUAACCUAGAAGUAGAUUGUUCCUUACUUUACACAUUACUGGUGAAGUUUUAAGAACUAUGAGGUAAAAAUGUAGAGUUUCAGACCUGAAGAAAUGGGAAUAAGCCUGUUUCCCUGAACCUUUGCACCAUAAUUUAGAAAGGGUAAAAUAAGUCAAUAUGCAGUGAUUUGGGAGUCUGUAUGCCCUUUUCUUUACCCAGGACUGAACUAAAUCUGGAAAGUUGAGAUUGGUCAUGGUUUAAUAUGUCAUUCAUAGUCAUUGAUUAUAGUUCUAUGUAUAAUAACAUUCAGGGUGUUAUCAGGCAGGCAGCUCAUUUAAGGGCGCCAAGCCGCCUCCACUAAAUUGAGCCUCAUGGAACAUCACUGAAGUCAAACUUCAGACUCUGUGUCUUUCACAGGUUCCUGGUAUUUCUGCCAGGAUGGUGCAAUACUGCCAAAAGAUUUAAGCUUUCAGUCAUACAUGAACACUAUAAUAAGCAUAAAAUUACAGGAUGCUCCACAGACUCCAUAUUCAUGCAGGCAGCUCCUCAAAGUGACGUGGGCAGACUCUUUCCUCUUUAAUUUCAUGACUUUGUUCUCAAGAUUCAUUUUUGUCCCUCUGAAAUCUGCCUCCUAUACUCCGCCAUACUUUUGACAUCACAUUGUUGGGUUUGAGUUUUUUUUUUUUCUAUUUCUUACAUUGAACUUUAGGCUCAGAAGAGUAAAAAGCUCUUUUAUUUCUUUGACAUAUUUUACAGGAAUAUAUGAGGGUAAGGACUCAGAAUGAAGAACAUUAUAAGGUUUUCUUUGUCUUGAAGGUGCUGCUCUAUGACCUGCGCUCCAAUCAGCCUUUGCUGGUCAAAGAUCACUUCUACAACCUGCCAAUCAAAUCCCUCAACUUCCACAACCAACUGGACCUGGUUUUGUCAGCUGACUCCAAGAUUAUAAAGAUCUGGAACAAAGACACUGUAAGACUUUUGCUCCAUAUGAGUAAUGAUGCACUGAGAGUUGCUUUUCAACUGAAGUAUUAUGUGUCUUAUUCUUAUGUUAUGAAGGGUUAUGUGUCUUUAUACUGAUGCUACCCUUCUUUUAAUGGUUAAUGGAUAAUUUUGAAAUCCUGGAGCUUUUUAAAACCCUUUUUCAGGUUCAGAUGAUAGAUAGAAAUAAAAGUUUUUAUGAAAGAUUCAUUGAAACAUCAGAUGUCAGCUCUAUAACAAGCCAUAGUUGACUGCAAGGUCACUUUAAAGGGUUAUUACACCAAUUCAAGCACAUCCAUUUAAACAAAUUGUUUUUACUUCUUAUUAACUGUAAGUUCAGCAAUUUAUUUUUUUAACUAUAGAAAGCCACAAGACUCAUUUAAAAGAACAAUAACUUUAUGAUGGUUAUUGUUGGUCGUGUUCUGCUGCCUCAGCCUAUUAGAUGAGUUAGUUAGGAGAACACUUUUAGUGAACAUAUAAAGUUAAUUGACAUUAUAGAUUAUGUAACAUUAUUUUAUUAGUGACUGAAAGGUUUUUCCGCUUUUAUUUACUUUGCCUCAGAAAUAAGUUUAAAAAAAGUAGGGUGCAGGAUAGGGCUGCAGGAUUAAUUGAUUUUAAAUCAUAAUCAGAUUAUUUGAUUGUGACGAUGUUAAAAAAAUUACAAUUGAUUUUCCUCUCUAUCAUGUCUUGUGCCUCCAAGCCACCGUAGGCUCCCCCUCCUGCGGGUGUGCUCCCCAGUUCCCACACACACCAGUGUAAACAAACAUGGUGCAAUAGAAGGCGAAAAUUUCGUGGCUAAAUAGGUCAAGAGCAAGUCAGUCGUGUGGAAUCGGUACGGCUUUGCAGUUUUAGCUGAAGAGCAAACCACUCCCUGCUGCAAAGUCUGUCUGAAGGUGGUAUCAACCCGUUCACACGGAAAUAAAUUCAGGAGUAAACACAAAAAGAGACUGUAAAUAGUACUUUUUAAAAACCUGUCAGAGAAUGCAAAAAUCAGUAAACGACUUCCAUUUCAACAUCGUGUAGAUGUCUGCAUCUCUCUUGAAACGAUUAUGUCACACACAGCGUAACUCUUUUAUGGCGCUUCCACAUGUCCGGUCAAAACAACCUUUAUACGAAUGCUCCAUACUCUUCGUCUGUCUUUUGUGCAUUUCCUGUGCAGCAUUACAGCGCCGCUUACUGGCGUGGCUUAUGCAUUACUUCGUUUUCGGUGGCUUUGCUUUGAGUGAUAAAAACAUUUUUAUUUUUAAAGUGAAGUUUGGUGAAGUUGUCGCUGAAUAAAAAAACCCAAAAUCUGGAUUUUAUUUUUGGCCAGAAUCGUGCAGCCCUAGUACGGGUUAAAAAAAAAAAAACUACAGAAUAACCCUUUAAAUCAACAAACUACUUACUUGGCUCUCACAGUUGGUAUUUUUCUCUCAUGUAUUUACUCUCUUCACCUCAGGGCAAAGUGUUUUCCUCCAUCCAGCCUCAGACCAACAUCAAUGAUGUGUGCAUCUACCCUAACUCAGGUGAGGACACCUUUACCUGCAAUAUAGACGAUCAUGAAGCCAGAAAAAGACCUCAGUACCAAAUAGGCACAAGUGUUUAAAAAGCUUACUGAUAGCAGCAGUUGUUUGAGAGUGUAUACAAACAUAGCAGCUAUUACAGUGGGAACAUAUGUGAGAAAUGAACAUUGAUGAAAGCUAAAAGUUGGGUAUAUUGUAGAUAUCUGAGAGUAGAUGUCUGUCUGUGCGUCUAUCUUCAUAAGUGAGGGAAUAAAUUGACAAUAAAUCCAGGGGAAGAAAUCUAAUUACAGCUAAAUGUUCAUGCAGCUGUUUCACCUCAGGGUGGCGCCAUCGUACAGAUCAGUUCAGAUGCUGGUUGUCCGUUCUGUCUUUGCACGCCAAAGCACUGGAAUAUUUGUUGGGAUCUCAAACACUCUGCUAUGUUUCUCUCCAAAAUCCAGCGCACCAAUUCCUCUCUCCCCUUUUACAGUUUUAAUCUUCUCUCAACAUUUUUUUUAGUUUGCACAGAAAUUGAUUUACUGACACUAAACUCAGUUUUUCCACAGCAGAUGAGCUUUAUUUAUAUCUGCCCUGCUUCCGUCCUUACAUUGUUCUGCUUGCAUCCUGUGCCCGUCUCUCUGACAGGUAUGCUUUUCACUGCCAAUGAAGAUCCAAAGAUGAGCACGUUCUACAUCCCGGUGAGUUCAGAGGCUUUAAUUUCUCUCAAGGGGGCCCUGCAUAAACAGGAUGCAGCCGACAGGCCACACUCACAUCCUGUGUAACAGGUGCUGGGCCGACGGCAUGAACAGCAUGUUAGACAAGCACUUUACUGUCAUUCGUGCAGGAGAGUGUGCAGCACUCAGUGUUUGUGAGUGUUCUUGUUAUGUCAGCCAUUAGAGCACGUUUGGGCCCCUGUUAAGCAUGUCAGGCUGUGGUGGAGCACCUUUUGCCUCAGGUUGAGCGCAUUAAAUCUGCUGAAGGGCCCCUUGGAGGCAGAAAUCCCUCAGCUUGGCAGUUAAAGCAGCAUUGCACAAGGAGAUAACAAAUUAAAAAGUGCAUGAUUAGGUGAACUUUUUUAUCCACAAACAGAAAACAAAAAGCUGACAAUGGUGCCAAGAGUGAGGUGAAGUGAGCACACUGUUGGACACGUGAUCCAACAGAGAGAGACCCAACAAGUCUCUGACCUCUCAUUAUAAUUCAUAUGGCGAUUUGAAAUGGUAUUUUCUGGCCAGUUUGCAUCAUGUGACAGUCUAGUCUUUCAUCAUUCAGUUUUUCCAUGAUGCUUUCUCCUCCUCCUCCUCCUCCUCCUCCUUUGGGCUAAUUUCAUCCAAACUCCUAAUUUAGCAGAUACGUUACACUGCCCGUCACCUCAGUCCUAAAUAUUUGAUUUGGGCCUCUAGUCUGGGGCAUUAACCCAGUGAGUGAAAUUUACGGACAUGGGUUCAUUAAUCUGCUCGUCACAAGGCCGCUGCAUCAUGUGUAAAGCUUGUUUAAGCUUUAUUUCAAUAACACUGUGUCCUGUGACUCAGACAUGAUCAAACAGCAUGUGCUGCUCUAGAGGGUGUGUGUGUAUGUGUGUGUGUGUGUUAAACUGGUCUUUGCUUUGUGUAAGUGGGUGAUUUCCACUCAUGAGCCACAUGGACAGGAUGAACCGGGACUCUUCUGAUGGGAAGUGAGAGGGAUACUUCUUUAUGUCAGGGGUGCACAAAGAUCCCAGCACAUCAACAGCACUUUCCCUGAGUAAACAUUUCUACUAUUACAAUUGCAAAAUAAGAUGAGAUUUUCAAUAAUCCAGAAACAGCAGUUCAACAACUACAUGUGCUGAACCCAGUGGAAAAACUGAGGCUAGAACUGAGUUCUUAUUUCAAAACAAGUUGUAGUUUCAUCAGUUGUUUUGUCUGUAUGCAUAGGAUUGACACAGUUUACAGCACGGCCUCUUUAAUGUGCAGUCCGAGGUUGGAUCUUGGCUGUCCUAGAGAAUCGAGACAAUCUCAACAACAAAAGCUUUUUUUUAAACUGUGAAUAAACGUGAGCAGUUAAAUGGAGUAGCUCUGUAAAACCUGUGCACAGUUUCACCUCUGUUAACUCACGCUCAGUGAGAUGUUUACCUCUGCUUGGAUCUUGACUGUUAAAAAGAGAUCUCACCAGGGAAAGUUGUUCUUCUUUUGCUGUGUUCACGAACUUUACUGUCGAAAAAUAACUUUGGUGCUAAAAGUUUGUGUUUUGAUUAAGCAUUAGUCUUUAACACUAAAACAAAAGAUUUUGUCUGAAUUCAAAACAUUUCAAGUUCUAAAUUUGGACAGAGAGGUUGCCAUUUUAGAUGUUCAUGCAUAUACCCUUUUAGAGUUAAAAUCUCUAUUUACUUUGUACCACUCACUCAAAACUCCUUUUUUAUCGUAUUGUGUCAAAAUAUGGGGAAAUAUGAAAGUAACUUGAAAUGGAAUUGCACAUUGCAAAAACGAGCUGUCAGGUUGAUUCAUCAAGUCGGUCAUUUGGACCAUACAAGUAAUUUAUUCUUAAUCUCAAAAACAUUAACAUUUUUGGAUCUAGUGAAAUUAAAAACUGGCCAAUUCAUGUUCAAUGUAAUCAACAACAACAAUGUUCCAGGAACCUGUAACAUAGAGGGGGGUUAUUACUUGAGAAGACACUGUAUAUUAAAAUAUCCUGUUGUCCAUACAACCAGACAAAGCAUGUACAUCUCUGUUUGUGGGGUAACCCUAUGGAAUUGACUUGACAAUACAAUACAAAAGAGCGUGAACAUCUCUAUUUUUAAACAUAAUUAUAAACAGCUCUUCAUGGACCAUUAAAGGAGAAAUGAAGAAGACACAAUCUAAAAAUUAAUUUCCUGUUGAAAUCUUGCCUGGUUUUUUAUUUCUUUCUUUAAUUUGUCUUUGUUAUUUUGUUAUUAUGUCUAUUUUAUUGGAUUGUUGGCACAUGUGCAAAGUGCACACACACAGAAACAUGUAGAAUGUUGAUGCUUUGGUGAGACUGUAAGGGUAGGGGUAGGACAUGAUAAGUUCUGCUUCUUUCUGUCCCCCCUCAUACUGGAUUGUUGUUUUGUUGAGUUUUGUUUGUACACUCUGUCCAUUGCGGUUGUCGAUGCUUCUAAUGUUUGGUACUUGUAUUUUUAUACACAAAAGGAAAAAAAAGAAAAAAGGAAGUAUUAGUUAGCUCAGGUUUUGAGAGAUUGGUUAUUUCUCAAAAACGGCUAAUAAUCUGAACCAGUACCGGCCUGAAAGAAGCAAUAUCUGUCCACCCCGAGUAGAGAUGCUUUUUGAAAUACUCUUUGCAUUUGACUCAGAACAAGUAUCAACACAGAAAUGUCUCAGAAAAGUUCCCCCUAUAGGUUUUGUGCUGCUCUCUGGGCAUGGUUUUGAAAAGUCCCUCCUUUUCCUGAAGAAGUCUUUUGAUGUGGUUGUUUAUGGCUCCAAGAACCAGGCUUCUAGGAACAAUCCCUGUUUAGACUUCUCAGCAACGUGCCACUUAUGCCUAUGCAUGUCGCUGCAUCCACAACCCACUUUUAGCCCCACAGACACACACUCCUCUGACUGUCUCUGCAGAUAGACUGGACGAUUUGUCAGUUAUCAGUUCAGCAAUGAUGGAUCUAAUGACGGAGGCAGGGUCGCCAACCCUGGACUUUGUAGACUUCGACUCUUCUGUGACGUCAUUAUCCACAGACAGAGCAGAUUCUGCCUCAUCUAUAAGAUUCCCACUCAUGCAUUGUUUACCCCUUCAGUGACAGCAUGAGUUGAUCUUAGUUAACCCUUUCCCUGCCCUGGACUCUGGAAGUUAUCUGUUACAAGAGCUUUGAGCUUUCACUAUGUCAUAAAUACUUGAAGCGUCUCAGCUCUUUCACUGCUGUGAAUCAAACAAAUCGUUCAGUCCUAUCAACCUCCAGACUUGGGCUUGUGUUUUAUCAUGAUGCUCGUUCUGUCCCUUUGGUUUUUCAGACACACAACCUGCCUCCCCCUGCUCCUCUCCCUGCUCUCCUCUCUCCUCCUGUUAAACAUCUAGCAGUCUAUCGUUAAUCUUAGCUGGAGCUGCAACUUUCUUGAGCUCCCAAAUUUUGUUUCUAGUUGAUCUGAGCUGCUGCUGAUGAAGCAAAAGUUAGAGCAAGUACUUGAGGCCCUUUAAAGACUUUGAAUUAUACAAUGAAGAGGGUUUAAAGGAGUUCAGAGAGCUUUUAUAAUAUUACCUUAUUUUGGAAAGUCUGAUGACCACAGCCUGUAUAUUACAGAGGACUUUUCAUAAGAGCAAAAGGAGCACUUAUUGAUUUCUCUUGCCUGGUAGCUACAAAUGCUUCUUGGUAAAAGAAAAGUAGUUCGGCUUUUGGGCAUAGCUCUGAAUACUCAGUUUUUCCACAACCCUAACUCCAUAAGAGCUUGGACUCUCAGUAAAAUGUCCAAAAGCGCAAAUAAAUGCUUUGCAAUUUUUCAUUGUUUGGUGAAAAAAAACUGUGCUAUGAUAACAAACCAAUUGUUGAAACCGGAUAAUGUUACUGUUUAAUGAUGCCAGAAACAUAUUUGAAUACAGUUGGGACACGUGCAAGAACGUGUUCGACAUGAAGAUUGUAGUUUGGCAUCUUCUUAGUCUAUCCAAAACUAUAUCAUUCAGUAAUGAUGCCUUUACAUACUGUGGACACUUAUUAGGGGCGGGAGAAAAAAAUCGAUACAGCAUAGUACAGCAUUAUUUUCUCUGGUGAUAUAUCGUAUGAUCUCAUUUACCAAGUAUCGAUUUUUCAAAUUAAUUGCUAAAGUGAAGUCAAAUCUGUGAUAAUGGAAAAAUAAAAUCAGCUGGUUGUCCAGUGAGGUUUGCAGAGGUGUACGAAAGAGGAUUAGGGCCAUUGGGAAAAAUAAAAAAUAAAAACAAAGGUCUGAUAUAAUUUUUUAAAAAUUAGUUUUCUGAGAGAAAAAAAAGUCAGAAUUCUGACUUUUUUCUGUCUUUUUCUUUUUUUCCAGUGGCCCUAAUCCUCUUCUGUAGAGGUGACAUCAUAGAGCAGGAGAAAGUUAGUGCAACUAAUAUAGCAGGACCUGGGAAAGACAUUAUGCAAGCAGGGCACAAAUGACCUGACACAUACGGUUUGCAAGAUGUGCUACAUGAAAAUAAAAUACUGCGUAAAUAAGACAAACAUAGAGGAAAGACAAAUGCUACACUAGCUAAACAGUUGAAAAAUUGUAUCGAUUGCAAUAUAUUGUAUCGCAAGACUCACUGUAUUGCAAAAUGUAAAAAAUUGCAAUCAUAUUGUGGCUCAAGUAUCGUGAUAAUAGAUAGAUAAUAGAGCUUUUGUACCAACAGCCAUUAGACUUUUUUAGACAACAGACAAUUGAAUUUCCCUUCAGGGAUUAAUGAAAGUUAUUCCUAUUAUUAUUAUUAUUCUUAUAUCAUGGGGCCACUAGUGAUUCCCACCCCUAGUACUUAUGCAUUCACAUACUAUCAGAUAUGCUUUACUUCUGAGGGAUCCUGUCAUGGCACUAGAACAGUCCAUUUUGUCUUAAUAAUACAACCUGUCCCAAGCUUUGACAUGGUAUGUUCAACAUACAGAAUGUAAAUGGUCUCUCUCCUCUUCAUAUAGAGACUGCACUAUACAUGCCGCGAACAAAAAAGCCCCUUCAGCUGUUUUUCUGUAUGCUGUGUGUUUCCUUGGUGAGACACUAAACAGGGAUACUUCCAGUCAGUCACAUGAAGGUUUGCUGCCAGGAAAAUACUCUUGAUUUCAAUCAAUAUCCUACAACCUGCUGCCAGGAUGCAGAUGGCCUCCUUAUUAUUCAGCUGCCUCAGGUCUCUAAACAGUGUUACCGCAGAACUAUCAAUGCACAGAACCUGCAGGAAGAGCUCUGUAGACAGUAUAAAGACAGGCUGUGACUAUGAAUGCCAAUGUAAAUGUUUCUUUCCUAGUAAGAGACUGUCCUCAUUAAUACAAAAGGUUGUUGAGGCUUUAAGUAACAGAUUUAACACACAUGUUAAAUGUACCAUUGCAUUGUUAAGUCUGGAGCUGUAUCAUGUCCAUCUGCUCAAACUCUUGCACCUGUGAGACAGAUAUCAAAGGAAUGCGAUAUCGAGCCAGUUUUUAAAGCUAAGAGAGUUUUUAUCUGAUCCCCGCAUGAAGUUUAAGGUUUUACACCUGUGAAAGGGGGGGAGCUUACAAAACUCAGUAAUCCCUGGAUCUUUGAUCCUGCAUCUGGAGCCGUUUAUGGUACAUUUCUGCUCAAGAGGAUCCUGGUAGAGAGGCAGCUUCAGAGAUGUGCUUCAACCUGGUGACAAAAUCAAAUUAUUAUCACAGUCCAGUGUUGUAAAACUUACUGCCAUAAAAAACAUGUUCAUUUUCUACAACAGAGUAUCAGGACAACAUAAAUGAGGAGUUUAUUUUAAGAUUUUGAGAACUUUAUCAGUCAUAAAGUCUGAAAAUGAAAAAAAAAAGAAGCAGUGACUCUGCUUUACUGAGGCUUGUGCUGAAUCCCUCAGUUUGUCGGGGAAAUCAAACACUCCAAAAUGUUUACAUGGUCUAUUAUCGUUAAUGCUAAUGCAUGACAGGUUCCCCAAAUACUCAGCAGUCUAAAUCUGAACCCAGUCCGUGUGUGUGUGUGUGUGUGUGUGUGUGUGUGUGUGUGUGUGUGUGUGUGUGUGUGUGUGUGUGUGUGUGUGUGUGUGUGUGUGUGUGUGUGUGUGUGUGUGUGUGUGUGUGUGUGUGCUUGAACAUGCAGGCUUUGGGCCCUGCACCUCGAUGGUGCUCCUUCCUCGACAACCUGACUGAGGAGCUGGAGGAGAGCCCCGAGAGCACCGUGUACGACGACUACAAGUUUGUCACCCGCAAAGACCUGGAAAAUCUAGGUGAGAUCCAGUUCUUCCCUAAAAACCUGGCUACAUUUUUGUUAGAAAGCAAAAGGGAUGAAGAGAUCAUAGGGGAAGAAGGGGGAAUUUAAGCACGGCCCAGAAAGUUACACCCAAAACUAUGAAUCAGUCUGAGCCACUUUGCCGCCUCGAGGGUUAGCACGGGAGGCUAGACUGCUUAACUAGAGGCCUUGGGAAUGAUUGACUGAGAGGCUUUAGGUAAGGAAAGUGUAGUGUGAGUGGAAAGAGGGGGGCACUAUAAGGGUUGAAUGAACAGAGGAAUGCAAGCUCAGCAGUAAAGAGAUCAAAUGACAAGAAGCAGGAAGACGGUUGGCUGCUGUGGAAUAAAAGGAAAGGAGGGGAGCCCACAAGGGAACAGCGGUGUUGAUUUACAGAAGCCACGUAAUGUGGCCCUGUUAUGUAACCCCAAGGCUGAACUGGGUGAGGGGAGAUCCUGGGAGUAACCGCUCCACAUUCUUUGUAGCAUUGACGCAACUGAUAGUUUUUUUUCCCUCCCAUAAUCAAUACAACCUGGGUGUGCUGCUGCUCCCAUUCCCAGCACACAGGAGAAAAUCCUAGGGUGGAGUCUCCAUUGUUUUAUUCCAUUUCUUUUUACACCUUUGGCCCAGAAUGAUUUACAAAAUGAUUUGAGAUUGUGAAACCAAGUUAAGUCGAAUGUUACAAGUCUGGUUCCAGGCUCUGGGUAUGAAAACUCCUCAGCUAACUUCCUCUAAAGAAUUUGAAGCAUGAGUCAACUUUCAAAACUUUCAUCGCUGCCAGGUCCCCAUUAGAUUAAAGUUGACCGAUUUAUCCAUUCCUUAGAUAUAGUUCUCUGCAGAAAAAAUGAUCUGUGGGCCGACCCUUUGAAAGCUGUAACACUUCUGCGUUGUCAUUUUUACAUUUUUUUUUACACUUUCGAUUUCAAAAGGUUGACCGGACAGCUCAAGGGUAAAAGCAUGAAUCAUUGACUUUCUACACUUUGCGGGUCAUUGUUUUGAACAUAACCUGAAAUGCUCGAGUGUCAGGCUCCCCUCAGCAACAUGGUGCAUUUUUUAGCUACUUUUAUAUAGCAGUACAUAGUAGGAGUGUCACACACACACUCUGCAAAAUGCACUCAAACACAUGCACACACACACACGCACACACACACAGCUGUCCCGCCCCACCUGCCCUGCAGACUCACAGUAAUCUGGUCUCAGCCCUCCAGUGCUGCAGGUGCACAGCAGUGGGAUGUCCAAGACCAAUCAUUAAAUCUUUGUAACAUUCAUACUAAAGGCCAGGCAGUCUAGGAGCAUAAUUAUUGUAAUUAUUUUUGUGUUUUAAAUUAAUUUAAGUUAUACCCAUCUAGAUUAGCUUUUCAGAUCUAACGUCCAUCUAUCCAGACUUGUUUGAAGAAAUGUUUUGCAUUAGAUAUCUCAAUAAAAACAAAAAAAUAUGAUGAACACAGAAGUAAAAGAAAAAUAGCCAUAAAGACAACCAAAUACUGCAUGAUUUAUUCGCAGAAGACAAGGAAUUUCUGAAUCAGAGUGUCCUGUUAACAAAGUUUCUGACAGACAAAGAGCAGCCAUAAUACAAUAACUUUAAUUAAAAUUAUAUUAGUAACAGAACAAAAACAGCAAAUCCUCAUCCAGAUCAACUGAAGUGGACAGCUACAGUCCAAUGUGUCUGCCUCUGAUUUGUUCAGCGUCGCUUUAAAAUGACCCGGUGAAACCAGAUCAUGGAGCGUCAGCUGUUUUUGUGUUUUAUUCCAAGUAAAGAUGAGAUAUUCCUUUAAAUAGUCACACAGGGGGAACUCGAAAAUUACAGCAGCAUAACUACAGACACAAAAAGAGAAAUUUAAGGAUAGAGUAAAAAAAAAUAUGAUAUGUACAUGAGUCUUUUAAAGACAGCAGUUUCUGUGCUCAGUAUACUUUCUUUUGUAACAUUCAGAUGUUGCGGUUUUCCUUCAGGUUUGUCUCACCUGGUGGGGUCCACUCUCUUGAGAGCUUACAUGCACGGCUUCUUUAUGGACAUCAGGCUUUAUCACAAGGUGAGGUUUCUCUGCUUCUCUAUUACGAACUUUUUAGAGAGGUGUCUGUGAUUUCGUGGUAGAGUCAAGGUUGAUGGUUCAAUCCCAAUCCUAAGGAACACUUUACACACACAGUCUAUUAACCAUUCAGUACUGCUUCAUUAUUUAGAUCAUCUAUGUGCUGUUGUUCCAAAGAGCUGUGAUUGUUGUUAAUGUUGUUGCUGUUUGGUCCUCCAGGUCAAGACCAUGGCAAAUCCGUUUGCUUACGAGGAGUACCGUAAGGAUAAGAUCCGCCAGAAGAUUGAGGAGUCAAGGACGCAGAGAGUCCAGGUUAAGGUGAGAAGUCCUGUCUUCAUGAUACAGGUCACAACUUCAGCCCUUGUGCAGAAGAGAGCUGAUCAGAUCUUCUGUCGAGACGAGUUAUAUUUUCUUUUUCUAAAAAAAAAGAAAAGACAAAUGUAUGCAACUCUGUGUAUUCUUAUAUAUUAGGGUUUCUUUUCAAUGAAUCUGUUUCUCCUUCUCAUCUGUUCCCUCACAAGUCAACCUGAUUGGAUUGUAUUAGCUGCUCUGUCUCAAAUCUCAUGUGCUGUUUAUCCCGACUGAUGUAGAAGUUGCCCAAAGUCAACAAGGAGCUGGCCCUGAAGCUGAUGGAGGAGGGUGAUGAUGAGCUUGAGAUGGCUGCUCGGAAAAAGAAGGGCAAGGUAGGAGCGCAAACAUCCGAAAAUCAAGGUCCUGUCGUGGUCUCUGGAUUAAAAUGCUCCAUGAGUUUGUGUUCUGUUCGGACUUUGUUCGAGUCUGUACUUUUUUAAAAGAGGGAACUUUCUGUUUCACAUAAGUUGGUUCAAUCUGAUCUGCUUUUUUUCCAGCUCAGAAGUUGAACAUGUAUAAACAAGGAGAGGAAAAGGAGACACCAAUUAAUAUCUCACUUUGUCCAAACUGCAGGCUCUCCCCAGCAUCCUGGGAGACGACCGCUUUAAGGUGAUGUUCGAAAACCCUGACUACCAGGUAGACCAGCAGAGCGAGGACUUCCGCCUCCUCAACCCCAUCGUCUCCAAGGUCGAACAGAAGAGGAAGAAGAAGCUCCACCUGCUGGCUAAGCAAGCUGCUGCUGACCAACAGGUGAGUCUGAGUUUAAACAUGAGUGACUUCACCCACAGAAUUAUGGGAACUCUUUUGAGCGCAGAUGUUUGCAGACGAAAGUACGUGACUGAGGAACAUCAAACAAGAGCUGCCAGGCUGCUUCCAUGUGAGGGCGGAGGAGAAGAAGAAGAAAACUCCACAGGGGAGAUUUUUUUUAUGGGUUUGAGCCAAUGCAUGCAGAAUCAGAUAAAUUAGUGGCUUUCCACAUUUAGUCCUUGUUUUGGAAAUAUUAAAUCAAGUGUAACUCUUGUACGCCUCAUAAUCCCUCUUUUUUCCUCACUGCAGAUCUCUGCAGGCAUGCUGUGUUUCCACAAACUGUAACUAUGGUUGUUUUCUUCACAUCAUAACUUUUAUUGUUCUGUCUCUUCUGUCCAGGCUGCUGAGGAUGAGGAAGAACCUGACGGCCGAGCCUCCUCUGAGGAGGAAAGCUCUGACGAUGAUAAGAGCUGGGUUGAGGAGGUGAGGGAGCAGCGCAGGUUGCUGUGGCAGGAGGACCGAGACCGCCGACGACAGGAGAGGAAGGAAGCGGACCGCAACACUGUCCUGCUGGAGGGCGACCGGGACAGACAAGAUAAAAACUCAAGCACUGCCAAGAGCAAGAAGACAAGUCAGCCACAGUUUUAUCAGAUCAAAGCCGGGGAGGAGUUCCGAAGUUUUAACGACAUGGGCCGCAAGCAAAAACUGCAGAAGUACGUCCUCAGUAUCAUUUAAAACACAGCUGUUAGAGCCAGGCUGGGUUCUUGGAAAGCAGUCUACAUUAAUGUAGGGUUCACAACAAACCAGAUUAGACCAGUUAUGACACAAACACUUUUCAUCAAGGGCUUUUUACUCGUGGACUGAUGUCGACACGUGCUGCACAAUAACUCCGUUGUAGGUAAAAAAAAAAUCAACUUCACAAAUGAAAACUUUAGUGUGAUUAACUUGGAAAAGAUCCUCUCAGAUGCUCUGCCGUCUUCCUUUGACUCCCACAGUUUGAAAAACUGAUAAUUUAGCAGCUCUGGUAAAAAUAAUGACUUUGUCCCCAAAAGUGUGAAUAACAGGAAAAAAACAGGAGCGGGCUAAAAAUAGAAGCUAAGUGGCAUGUACAAUUGGCAGCGUGAAAUCAAUUUAUAAUCUCAAUUGGCCGAGCUGUAAAUCUGAAACUUUGUUUUGGGGCCUUUUUGCAGCACAUAAGUAAAGUGAGAUGGUAAAAUACUGCUCUACAGAGCUUAAGUGAAGGUGAAGUGGUAAACCUGCCAUGUGUCUGCUCGAUUUGUUUGCGUUUGCUGUGUGUUUCUGUUCUGAUACAUAUGUGUGUGUGUGUUUUUUUUUUCUUUUAGGGCUUCUUUGGAAGAGCGGUUGAAGCUGGAGGAGAACUCUGGAACCAGCAACAUGGCCGACACAGCAGUGGGCAGCAAACAGCUGACCUUCACGCUCAAAAAGGUGAACAUGAACAUGGAGCAGUGCUGUCAGUCUCUUCUGUAACUGUGGCUGCUAUUUUCAUUGUCAUGUUAACACAUGUUUUAAAAAGUUUAAAAAAAACAUAUAGAGUAGAGUAGGGAAAUAUGUAAGUAUGGGAAAUUUUAUGCUAACUUUAAAUUUGAUGCCAAACAGAAAAAAAAACACUUUUAAAGUUGGGUAAUGGUGAAAAAGAAAACCUCACUUUACAGGAACUUACAUAGGUACAGGUACUUACAUAAUGGGUUUAGGAGGGCAAACUAGAGAGGCUGAGACCAUCAGAAGAUGGGAAAGGCUUCCCCACUCUCAGAGAGACUGUGUGAGCAAACAGCUGAACAGUUCCAGAGGAAUGAUCUGGAUGUUUUUCAUAAAACUGAAAAAUAUUUUUUGUAAUAUUGACAAAAGAUUCAGAGAAUCUAAAGAAGUCUGUUCUCAAGGACGAUACCGGAUGGACCUUAAUUAAUGCCCUUGAACUGCACUAUGUUAAAAACACAGCUCUGUAGUGGAAAUUGCCGCAUGGGUUCAAAGUCACUUUCAAAAAAACAAAUUUGUUGCUGCAUACACAAAUGCAGGUAAAAACUGAACCAUGCAAAAAAGAAACUGUAGACCUGAUCCAGUAAUUCUCUUGAUACAUCUCCUUGAGACCCUACAUUUUUCAGAUACAAUGCCAAACCACAACCUGCACAUAGUACAACAGCAUGGCUCUGUAGUGGAAGAGUCCGGGUGCUAAACUGGCCUUUUCGCACUUAAAGAUUUUCAACCACAACAACACAGGAAGUACAUGAAUUAGACACCCCAAAUCUCAAGAGCUCACCUUCAAAACUCCAGAAACUGGUCUCCUUCUUGGCUCCUAAACCUGUACAGAGUCUUGUCAAUCAAAGAGGUGAUGCAACACAUUGGUAAACAUGUCCCUGUACCAACCGUUUUAAAAUCUGUUUCUAGCAUUACAUUAAAAAAAGAGCAUAUAUGCUACAUAAUACAGUUAGUUUAAACUUUUCAUUUGGACCUCUUCAGGACUUAGAGGGUUAGACGGGACAUACUUUGGUUGAUGUGAAAUUCCAAAUGACUACAAAAUAUGCCACUUCACUUCUCUUCACUUGAAAAUGACUUUUUUUCCCUCUGUAAGAAAAAAACAAUCGUUUAAUGAAUGUCUGGUGGGAACGCAGAGAGUAACAUCCUUUAACAUGUUUUCUUUUCUCAUCUUUGAAGUCGGAACAGCAGAGGAAGCAGCAGCAGGCGGAGCGGGAGCACCACGAAGAGAGGAAGAAGCUGAGGCGCUCGGCGGGACACCUGAGCAGCAGCCGCGGGAGGGGCUGGGGUGGCGGCAGAGGAAGAGGAGGAGGAGGGAGGGGCCGGUACUAAGGAGGGCGCCCUAAUGUCCCUCUGAUGAAGACAGUCCUCAGUUCACAUCAGAUUUCUGACUUUCAUCAACUCAAGCAGGUAUCGUGAGAAUGAAGAUUUUUUUGAAUGAGCUCUGGAGACAUGAUGCCGAGCAGAUGCCAGAGACUGACAGUGACCAGCAGACAGGCCUGCACCCUGCACCUGGGUGGUCUGGACCAUAUGUUCAGCUGCCCCCUUCAAACUCAGAGUGUAUUUAAAAAAGCUCUCCAGUGUUAGUGGACAUGUUGGUAAUGUAUGUUAAAAAAGUCUUUUUUUAAUGCUCUUUAUUCUAAAUGUGUUUGGAUAAACCAACUCUUGAUUAACACCUCUUGUACUUGAUAAAAUAUUUGGUACAACACUUGCUCAUCUACGUAGUUGUUCUUCCUCAAAAUCAGGUCUCAUUCAUAGUUCUGCUCUCCUAAAGCAUGCUCCAUCUGCAGCGGUUAUCCAUCUAUGUACGUAAGGAGUAAGAAGAGGGGAGGAGAAAUUUUUUGUCUCUUUUACCCGCCACUGUCUGCAGUUCUUGGAAAUAGGAGGACUGCCUGGGUGUCCGUCCCAUCCCCCAAUGCUCUGAUGGUGUGAACCCCCUCUGCUCCAGCAUUGGCCCAUUUCAAAUGUGAGGGAGGUCCAAAAGAGCCUCACAGCAUGCCAACAGUGGCCCCCAGGGCUCAUUUGAACCCAUUUUAUGUCUCCAUGAAUUUUCACCAUGACCCAUCUGCCUACAAAAGCAAGAAGUGGAAAAAACGACAAUACCCGAUUUCACGGGGGGGUUACGCGCUGGACUAAUUCUUGGCAAGGGAUCAGUAGUCCCUGGAGUCCCAGUUGGAUGCUUGUCAGUUUUACACUUUGCAUUUUAUACAGAAUUAGAAACACAAUCCGCUUUUAUUUUUUCUUGUUUUUAUAUUGUUCUACUAGUUUUGAAAGGAACGGUACAUGGUGUGCAGAAAAAUACGGGGACAAAUGUGUUUUUAAAUGAGGGCAGAAUGAACAAAAAAUAGUUAAAAAUCCAAGUAGAAUAAAGUAAAUACUUUCAGAGAAGAUAUGCACAUCAAUGCAUCUGACUGAAUUAAUGAAUUUUUACUCAUAUUUAUGCAGAACAGAACUCUUUAAAAGUCCUAUCUGGAUGAACCAGUUUGGGGAACUGUGCCGCUGGAGCUGUUACACAUCCAAGCGAGACCCCCACUCCUCAUCACUGUCUCUUCCAGUUAAGCCUCAUACUGUAAGACGCCUUUUCCACCAUUACACCAACUUCUCCUUUCAAUUCAGCAGACUUGCGUCAUCUUUCAGAGUCUUACACAGAUUGUUACAGCACCUUAAUGUGUUUGCCAUGUGCAGCAAUAAUUUGAGACCAUCAGUCCUAUUUGAAAACAUGAGACAUGACAUCCACAUCUGCUUUUAUGAGUGAGUUUUGGAGGUAUCCUUGUUUUAUGUAUUAAUGCUAAUAUGAGCUAAAGGUUGCUGGCUCACACUACAUUCAUACUGUAACCAAAGUGGAGCAAAAUCUCUGACUACUCCUUUAAUUUCCCAUGCUGUAUUGCCCUGUUGCUUCAUAAAUGACGUAAGAGUUCAGAGCCAGGGUUCGAGUUGAAAAAGUGAGUGGAUGUUUUAUUUUUUUUUCAAGUUAUCUGUUGAGUGGUUAGUGUAAGUGGAGAGUGGGUUACUGAGGCCUGAUGACAAAGCUUCCUCAGUUCACUCCUUUGUGUUGGGUUCCCAGUAACUCCAUCCCGCUGCAGAACAAAUCAACGCCAUUUAGCAGACUCUCAUCUUGUAUGGUUCUAUAUUCUUGGUUUCCGACAAAUGACCCCCUUUUUCCUUUUGCAAUGCUUCAGCUUCACCAUGUCAACCGGCAAUCAGGCCACAGGAAGUGGGUCAACCAAAGUGGGCACAAAAGAAAAAGGAGAAUUUGAUUUUCACAGGAGUAAGGACAAGGUGUUUCAUCCAUCAUUCCUUUUGGGACAAACAAUAUUUUUGUGGUUUGAGAUUUCUGAUAGUUACCAUCUCAUAUAACUUAUCCACCAGACCAAUUUUAGACUAAUGUGAGCUUUACACAGAGACCUAUUUUUACACCGUCAUGACUAGCAGUAGUGGCAGGGAAGGAAUUCUAUUCAAGAGGCAGAAACCCCGGGCAGAACCAUGCACAAUAAAGGACAGCUAUCUGCUUCAGCCAAGAAGUUAAGUCCUGUCCGUGGUGCAUUUAAAGUAAAUUAGAGAUGGACCACGUGAAGACAAUAACUGAAAGAGCGAAUCUUUGUGAUCCAAGCAAAAGCCAGGGUCUCAUUCAUGUCACAGAAUUACUUAUGUUAUAGGGGAGAGUGGGGUAAGUUGAGCAAAAGGGUAAGUUGAGCCUCCCCCUGUUGCUUGGAAAUGGUAAAAGAAAUUGAUCACAUGACCAAACAUUUAGUAGAUGGGCAUCAAUUCAUGGAGUCUGUGAGGGUUAGAAGUACAUGAGUGAAGGGGUUAGACAUUUAUUUACAAAAAAUCAUUUUUCACUCUUGAAAGUGAAUUGAGUCUGUCAUAAGUUUUAUUAGAAUUGUGUUCAGACUAAAAAAGAUCAUUUUAGAUUUGUUUUAUUCAUCAAUUGUGGUAUCUAUGAGCUACAACAUGAGGUCAAAAAUCUAGCAUAAAAGUCCACCAUUUUAGCUUAGAGGACUAAUAAAGUCAUAAUAGUAGUUCUGGGGAAAGUUGAGCCAUUUGGCCAGGGGUAGGUUAAGCCAGUGGCUCAAGUGUUAGGAUGAUUGUGCAUUUUUUAACUGCAAAAUUCAUGUCAAGUUGCACUGUUUUCAGUGUGAAUGUGUAAUAUUUAGAGUGUUAGGUCUAAAACCUGCCCAAAUACCUGAAAACAUAUAAAGAAGAGAAAGACAAUGGUAUAUACUCGAGGAGAAUGGACAGAGAUCUUUUUUGUUAUCUCAAGACCACUGAGAGUGGUUUUCUGUCCGGUCUCUUUUAUUUAGGGUUGUCCCUGGUUACACAAUGUUUCUAAAGGGUGGGGAAAAAUAUGUGCAGCAAAGUAAGCAUUUUCAUAAAACACAAUAAUGAACAAUUGCGACUAUGUGAAGGCGGCAUCUAACGAGCUCCUUCCAAUAAGAGCGGAUCCUCCUCAAAACUUCCCACGAUUCACUGUGGAGGAUACAUCACACACCUACUGAUAAGAGAAAGAGGUCACAGAGAAGUUAAGAAACAUUCGUGUGCUGUGUAAUUAAGCUAUUGGAGAGAGAGGUUAGAAAACACUCUUAUAUGUGUAACAAGAGGUCAAAACAGUUUAUACUUGUGGUAAACUCUUACAUAAGAAUAUGAGGAAUAAUGAUAACUUCUAUAUACAUUUAUGCACAUUAUUCUAACAUAGAGCUAGAUAUUUUUUUUCUUUUUUGGAGGGAUUGGCUAAUUCCCCCAAAGGAAAGAAACUAGGUGUGUUUGUAUUCAUCUAAUUUAACAAAAGAAUGGCGUCACUCUUAUUAAUCCCCACUAGAACAACUGGUUGGUUACAAUGGUGAUUUAUAGUUAUGUUAUUUUAGACCUGAAAUGCCAGUGCCAGUCAUGUAGCUACCCACAGCUUGCAUGGCUUACAGCUUCAGUUUCGCCAACUAGAUCAAUGCUUUCAACCUUCCGCUCAAUCACAUUUGACUGAUGACACCUUUUGGUGUGGUUCAACACACUUGACUGAAACAAUGCAAGUGGCAAGACAGAUGAUGCUGGCUCUACUACUGUUUACCGGAUUCUGCAAAGUAGUUUGACAUUGUUCAGCCACAAUUUUCAUGAUGCCACUGUUGGCCAUGCUUGUUUCUACAUUGUGCCCAAUUUUAAUUGUUUGUUUGUGCAUUUGGAUUAAUUAGUUGGUAGCAAGUUCAGGUAAUGAGUCACUUCAAAAGAUCCCUUACAGACAUAUGAUUGUGUAUCCAAAUCCUUGUUCCUGUUAGUCCCAUUUCUCUCUCUCCAUGCAUCCCAUCACCUUCAUAAAAAGGAGACUAAAAACAGAAACAGAGGUCAAAGGGAGCAUCAGCAUGUCAGUGGUUAAGAUAAUGCCAUUGUGCUGAGGUAUCUGUUUAAUUCCUUGUUAAUACAGUCACAGAUUCUCCAGCUGAAGGAAAAUGACUCAUCCCCCCUAAUAGAAAUAUGGUCAAGCAAUUAGCUAUGAACUCCUCUGUGUUUCUUCAUCCUUUGAGAUCAUUCUGCCAGCAUGCAGGCUACAGCCAGUCUGCAAUAUCGCUAAACCAUCUGCCAUGGUAGAGGUUUUUAUUUAUUUAUUUUUUUUAUGUUGAUUUUGGUGACCCCUGUGGACAAAAUGGGUAUGACAGAUUUAAUUUGCUCUGGGGUAGAUUAAAAGCUAUAGCGUGGUUAUCAUCUUUGAGACACCAUUGCAUUAGAAAAAAAAAAAAAGGCACAAGGCAGAUUCAAAGCUCCCUGGUGCAGGUAUCUAAACUGCUACUGCUAUCAGGAGUAGGUCUUGGGACCUUUCAAAGUUGAAGGAUACCAGAGGAUCACAUACAGCUGCAAUCUGAACCACUCCUCAUCCAGAGGUUCUGGCUGUACUCAAUCUUGCUUUCUUCAAUUUUCAGAAGUCAAACCAGAUUAGUGCAAAAGUGAAUGAGAUUUGUUGGCAAAAUGACCAGUUGAAGAGUGAAAAUUCUGCUUUGAUUAGCUGCCUUACUUCUGAGAUGACCAGUAUGAGUAGUACUGACAAGCACAUAAUACAACCUUACUUGCUGUAACUUUGCAGGCCUCUGUUAGUAGUUCAGGUUGAAUGUAAGCAGUGGUUUGGCCCUUUGCUCCUGCUCUCCUUCCCCUAAUUUCACAGUGAAUGUAAAUGUGUCAGGAGUAAAACCAUGACGCCACAGAGGUGAACCGUCUCUAUGCUGUCUGUGACUUCUUCCCCCCCAAAAAGGAUCAAAGGUGUGAAUGUGCUGACAUAGCCUGUUCACCGAGCUUCGGGCCAGUCUAGGAAAGCACAAAAGAUGGCCCAGUAAAAAUAAGAUCACUUCUCUUUUUUGUCCUGGUCUCGACAGUUCAGGCUGCAUCACCAACCCUGGACAACUCAGCCUUGAAAGGAGAAGAAAUGAUGAGUCAGCAGAGGGCCAGAUUAAACAGGAGUCCUCUCUUCACUCCAGGGACAGGGCUGACAAGUGGGGCAGCUGUGUGGUCAUGGGCUAAUUUUAUAAAGACUGCAACUGAUGGCAUUAUUAAGCUGUUUUCCUUUUUAGAAUUGAGUAUUCAUGAGUAGAGACACACUGGUGUGUGUCUCUGCUUCACACCAGUCCUGUAUGUGUGACCAGUUUUCAUCAUGCCAACCUGAUGGUGUCCCUUAGGCCAGUUCACCUAACAAGCACUGUUGGUAUCUUCUUUGAUUUAUUUGGAUCUAAAUGGGGAUAGGCACUCUAAAAUAGUGCUAUGUUGGCUUUCCUGACGUGGUCGCCCACUUGCAUUUGUUUGUUUAGCAGCACCUGUAUGCUCAGUUUGUAGGUGGUGACUCAAACUUAAAGGACCUCAGUGAUAUUUUAUACACUUUAUUCCUGUCAAAAACUGCAAGAGUGUAAAGCAAAAACAUAAAUUUGAAUAUUGUAUCACCACACAGUUUGAUAGGCACAACAUCCUUGAGCGUCUCAAAGAUGUUCAAGUUUGCGGUUAUGACCUUCAGAUUUGAGACACUGUUACAGGACUCUGGAGCUACAUGAUAUCUUAACAUUGUUAUCAUGACAUGUAAAAAAAUUGACAUGUAUCUUCAUGAUGUGACAUUGAAGGGAUGGUGGGAGCUGGAAUUUGAAUUUCCAUUUACAUCUGAAGGGGAAUUGGUUACCUUUGGCUAUGAUGCAGCAGCGCCAGCUCUCACACCUCUCUGCAGCCCUGGAUGCCGAGGCUUGAGUUUAAAAAGACGGAAACCAACAAAGGCAUCAAAGACAGAAAAGCAGGACAGGGGUCUUUAUUGGAGGCGGUGAACAUAUAUAAAAAUCCCAGUGCUGUUAAAUGAAAAAUGUGAAGAUAUCAUUCUGGUAUUUCUGAAGACUUUAACCUAUAAAUAGAUUACCUAGACAUAAAGUCAAGACGUUACUUGUGAGGCAUCUACCUUGAGAAUGAACAGAGUGAACUCAGUAAGCAAAGACACACAAAACCAAACCUUCAAUUUACUCUUUUCAAGUAGUGCUCCACGGCCCAAAUUACAAGCCACCCAUUGUCUGUGUAUUUUAUAAAAAUACAGCUCUUGACAUUUACCUCCUCUCUUUCCAUGGAAUGUCUUUGUCACGGUUAUGUGUCAUUUGAGUUUGACGCCCUGCGUGGCCUCAUGGGUUUGCACUGACGUAAAAAAAAACCACCAUCAGGUCUGUAUCGAAUUCCAAAGACUGUAACACAGUUCAAAUAAAUGCAAUCGCUCUUUCCUGUGGCUGGCUGCUCACGCUUCACCGGCAGCGUGGUGUGAAGGUUUUAACUCCACCAAGCUAUCUGGGUGAGGUCUGUCGUCAGGGCUUAAAACUGGCUAAUCUAUCUGGUGUCACAUGUUUGUUUUGGAUUUGCAGAAUUAAAAUCUUCCUGUCUGAUCUGAAAUCACUGAUGGAUCAGAGUCAAGAGUAAAGAGACACCAUGAGCAUCAUCUGCAAGAUUUCCGGUCUCAUAAGUAGCUGUCUAGGCCAAGCCACAAUCUGCAUGCAUAUUCAGGUCAAGCAUUCAUAGAUUUUACCAGUUAAACUCUUCUCAAGGUCUCCGCCUUUGAUCCCGCGGAGGUUUAAAUGAAAGAAGGAGACGCUUUAAAAGAUUAAAAGAGUGAGUCACUGGUGUCAGCAACAAGUCCAUGCACAUUAACAAUGUGAAACCACAAACAGUAUCUUAAUAACUGUUGUCACAUGAUAAUUAAUAGAUGCCUCCAGAGUGCUGGCUUGGUAAAUAAAAACAUAAUGUGUGACCAAAACAUGCAUCAGAGGCAACAAAUUUGUGACUCCCUCACAUUAAAAGUCUCAAAAUACAACAUUUAAGGAGUCAUCUGAAACCAAAGGCGCCAAAUCAUGUUUAUGCUGGUGCUCAACACUUAACAUGUCUUUGAAAGAGCGGCGAAACACACUUGCACAAAACCCUUGAUCAUUCACAGCAAACAGCCACACAAGAGUGCAGAGUGCAAAUCCACAAUUUAAGCAAAGCAUAUUCAGAGCUGGAGAAUACGCUGUAUGUGGACAUAAACACGGAACUGGUAUUCUGUUGUCAGUGAGCAUUUCUAGACUUCAAAUGAGACUGAUACAAAUGUUUUAUUAAUAACACAUACCAGAAAAGUCAGAAUUUAGUCAGGAACUUUUUUGGAGAGAAAAUAAUACUGAAUACUGAACAAUCUAGCAUUUUCUAAGAAACUGACGUAAGUACAGUGUAUGGACUAAACCAAAAUGACUGACUGCUUACCUGAGUUAAAACCAACCUCCCACGUCUGAUGAAAGUGACUAAUUUCCUCUUUCAUAUGAAAAUCUGAAGCAUAACCAUUAAAUCGACAAUCUAGCGCAAAGAAAAACACAUUAAGAAAUGAGUCAAAGUGGAGCAUAAAUUAUCUAACAUGGUGAAACAAGGAAUCUCAGAGUCUGCAGGGAAACAAGGUCUAGCAUUGUCAAAGCUUGCAUCACCAGUCUUUGGUUGACAUCCACAUGCUUGUGUUGGUUAUUCAUAGCUCCGUCUGAGUGGUUAUAUGCCAGUUCGAUCAUUUCUGGACCAGAAUACUGCCAAACAGCGCCACAAAAAUAACAUGUCUGCCAUCCAUCCUUGUUUGCAUCUGGGUAGUAGAGCAUUUUAGCAGUAUAGCAGAAGCCUUGAACGAGGGCUUCGGCUCAGGAACUACUUAUUACCAGCAUUUCAGUCCUGAAGUAAUAAAUCUGUUAGUUAAGACAGCUAGUGGUUUUGGUGUCGUAAGAGAGGGUGAUGAUGCUCAUGAAGUCAAAUCAAUGCACAUAUCCCUACCAUUCGCUGUGUAAAACAUGAAUAUACUCUUAUUGUCAUCCUUAUUUCAAGAUAGACAAAAGCAAACAAGACAAUGUUCAAAUAUUCAUGAUUUUUUUAUCUAUUUUUUAAUGUCUAAAACUGAUGUAAGAUGUUAGCUAAAGAAAUGGCCCUAACUUUUAAAUUCAACAUUUUUCACAUUAAACAUUCACAAUAAAUGAUAUGUAUGAUUGUUUUUUUUUUCCAUGAAACACUUCAAGAGAUGAGCAAAGACUGCUUUGUCCACAGGGGGCGCUUAAAUUGGCCCAAACGUCGAGAUCUUCACAGAAGCUUUAAUAUCAUAAAAACGGAUUGAUAUCUAAUAAAUAAAAUAAUACAAACAACCCCUUGUACAGUUUUCAUGAUAACUAGAUUUGCACAUGCUGCUUGAUACAGAGAACUAUGCUUGGCCCAUACAUUUUUAUUUAACAGGAUAAACAACUAGAGCUGCAGAUUAAAUUGCGUUAGAGAUGCAUCAACUCUCUUUAUCUGAAUGCAAAGGAGGAAGAGUUGAUACACUCCAGAAAUGUCUGUGGAAGCAGUACUAUCUGUUUGUACAUGUUCAGCUGGAGGGAUUCAUUGUAGCUGUUGUGUUAAUGAGACAGCAAGAGUGACUGCUGCAUUCCAUUGUGCAAGCAUGAGUGAAGAAAGACGCAAAAAGAAACAGUACAAAACUUGAUGCACUCACCAAGGCCUGAACACUGUAUCUUGUGGGUGGCCUUUAACAAUAAUCAUCUUUGUCUCUCUUGAGACCUUGGAAAUGUGGGAGUCAGGCCACAAUGGUCCACAGUAACGAUAACAGAAGGUCCACACAGAGCCAGAGACAGACAUUACAAGAGAAGAAGAAAGAAACGGGUGAAGGAGAGGGUUGCAACACAAAAUACUGGCAAAAACAAGGUGAUGAGUGUAAAAAGAAACAGUUUCAUUUGCUGUAUAAUGUUUUCUAAUCAUGUGAUUGUGACAAAUCUGAUUAGCAGCUGUUGAAAAUAGAUUUUUUUACUAAAUCUUUCCACUUCCUGCCCAACAGGCAUAAGUCUCUCGAGAGGAGAGGCCUGCUACUGCUCUUACUGUACAAAUAGUUUAGACUGAAUGCGAGAAAAGUUUAAUGCAUAAAAAUCAUUGCAGGUUAUGUCAUCAUAGUUUUCAAGUUUUCCGCUAAACUUCACUUUAACUUUUUGACCACUGCAGGAAGGGCUAUGCUUCUGACUUUCUGGUAAUGAACCCGCAUGGAAAAAAUGACUUUAUUUACCAAUUCUGCUGAAAAUUAUGGAAAGAAACCCUGCUGUGCAGAGUAAAAUCCACCUUGAUGGAGGCCUCAAGACCUGGAAAACAUAUUAAAUGAAGCCCACAGAUAUGUGGUCCUCAUGAAGCCCUGAAGUUUCCUGUCAGUGUCCUAUAACCAAGCUAGUGCAACAUUUCCACAUGUACUGUUAGGUCACACUGACCAUACUCUUCAUUUCCCUCCAUUCAGUAAUGUCUGCUUGCAAACCAACUGUCUAUCAGAGCAACCUUUGACCUGAUUAGACUGUGCAGCAAGGAAGACUGGGAUUUGAGGGGUCCAGGUUAAGGAGUAUUUCAUUGUUUGGAGGUUAAGCACUAUAAGAGGGUUUUUAAAAAUCCAGUAGGGUAUUUCCAAAGGCCGGCUGUGGUUUAAUUUUUUCUAACUGUGAAUAGUUGUUUUACUGAACUGUGCAGGGAUGCAGGUGUGAUCAAAUGCACGACUUUCCCAUGCAACACAUCACCUGUAGAUCCAUACCCAUAGAACAAGUCUGUCGUGACUCACAUGCAUGUGUUGACAAAUCGCUAUCUAAGUCAUGCUGUGAUCUUCUUUAAUCUCAUCAAGAGGUUCAUGGACUGAGCAGGUGACCGUCAAGUGAGGUCAGACUGUCAGACAGCAGACUGUAGCAGUCUGGGAGUCUGAGACUGACACAAAUACAGCAUAUGUUUAAUCCAUACCAGCUGGCCAAGAAGAACCUGAGGUCACAAAUUAAUGGUUGUUUAUAUGUAUGAAAAAUCUGUGAAUUCAUUUAUAGAUUGGAUAGCAAUAUCACUUGAGUCAGAGUGCAGAUACUCCUGUUCAUGUCUUACUCCAGUACAAGAGAAAGUUACUCAGUCAACGUAUUCCUUGAGUUAUGUAACUAGGGCACUUGCUUUUAAGUACUUAAAUUCACAGAUCUGCAGCUCAAAAGUAAGAGGAGCAGCAACAGAUACAACGUACAGUAGAAUAAAAAUGGCAAGUAAAUUACUACAAGCCUUGACCUGCUUUCUCAGGUCAGUGAAUUGUUGUAGGCCACGAUGAAGUUUGGGCAAACAUUUGAAACAAUAUAAAUCAUCCCUCAUAUUAAAAAGAAAAUAAGGAAACAUAGCAUUAAUAUGGCCUCAUGGCUUCCAACCCUCUCUGCUAUAGCCAUCAUUACCAAACUAUAGGAAGUGUCUUAUCUGAGUGGUGUUGGCUCUGCGUUUGAGAAAGUACAGCAACACCACUUAGACAAACCUUACAUACACUGACAAAAUGCAGUCUAUCAUCUAUAAGAAAAGUAAAGAAAAUUCAUUAGCCAACCUCAGAGAGCAAAAGUAGUUUUGGUCAACAAUAUUCUUAGAAACAUAGUGGCGUCAAAAGUAUGAUAUGCUUCCUAAGAAUAUCCAAAGAAAGUACAGGUACUCAAAAAACCCACCAAAGUACAGCACUACUAUAGUACAUUUUCUUUGUUACAGUCCGCCACUGCAUUUACUGAAGUAUGCAUGACAAUAACACAGAUUUAAGCAUUUCUACUGUUCAGAGCAUCAGGUCCACUGUACAAAAAUAUUUAACAUUUUCAGAUUAAAGUACUGAUGCUACAAAAAAAAAGGUUGUAAUUUUAAGAGAACAAAGUCAUUAUGAUUGGGAAAAAAAGUUAUAUUACAAGACUCAGUCUGUUUGGUCAUACUAUGUGAGCAGCCAGUUGAAAUAAAGUUAAGAUCAAAGAUGAAGGUGCAUUAGAUUUUUUACUGUAGAGUAGUCUUACAAAAUCCCUAAGUGUAUUUGUUUAUGCCUCUAAUAUAGCAGCAAUGAACAUUUUGCACAAUGCCUGUUUGUUACACUGGGCAUAGUUCUGAACACUUCUGCUGAACAACUUAUUUGCAUAUUUUUUAAUUAUAGAGCAUAAUAGUACAAUAUUUAAUUUACGUAAUGGCUGUUACAUUGAUUGCAUUGAUGCUGCAUCUUCCUAACAUGUUACAAUAAAGAUGAUUUGUCAUUUUAUGCAGCCUCACUCCAAAUCUCUGCAGUGUCUGACUUUUCUCAUGCUUUUUGAGCUCACGUUGAAGGAAUGCACCACCUCCAAAGUAACAAUAAACUGAUAUGAAAGGGUUCAGGGGUUCAAAUCUAAAUUUGAGUUUGAGUUACGACAAGAAGCGUGAGCAGAGAGACAUCGGCAGGUCGGGUUCUUAAAUGAAGGUACCCCAGGCUGAUGCCAGGCGGUCCAGUCUAAGCUGCCGGACUGGUGGUGGUCUCUGUCUGCCUGACUUCUCCUCAGUGUUUAGUUUAUUGAAAGCCCAGGAGUCCGGUUUGAACUGGCUGUGUUACCUUUUGUAAUCUUCUGUGCAGUCUCUGUCUGUCUUUUCCACCAUGUGGAUGAGGUGACAAGGCUAAACCGGUUCAUACGUGGAAAAGAGUCCGGUUUCAGCUGGCUGCGUUGCCAUAGUAACCAGCUGUCUAUAAAUACCCUCGGAGUACUUUACCGGCUUCCACUCUGGUUUCAGUCCUGGCAGACCGACAUCCACCUCCAGCAGCGGACCUCACUGUGAAGGGAUCUGCUUUAUUUUUUCACCCCAGCAUUCGAGUCUCAUGGACAAACUCUUUGUAAAUGCUUUUUAAGGUAAGGACGGACUUGUUUUUUUAAGUACUUUUAAGGAGAAUGUCAGAUAUUGCGCCAUGUUUUUUGGUAACGGGACUGAAAUUAACAUAAUUUGGCUCACUAGCAAAUCUAAUGUGACUUGUAUGGGUAGUUUAGCGUUUACUGACUUCACUGUAACGUUAACGCCAAUCUCUUUAAAAUUCAAACCGCCUUUGUUGGUUAUCUAACCUGAUCAGAUCAUACGUGGCCCGGCAUUUCUAUAUGGCAGGUUUGCUAACAGAGGCAGCUAACAAGCUAACAUCCGUUGUACUGAACUUGAUGGAAAAGUGUCAUAACAUUUGGCCGUGAUAGAGAAUGUUUUAGGGUGUUAGAUAUCUGUUUGUUAACGUGACGCUUGACAUAGUUAUGAAUGGUCACUGCGGAAGAGGAUUACUUCGUUAAUGGUAACCGCAGAUGCUAAAACGCCUCAUGGCAUUAGGAGCGGAACCGGCAUUUUGAGGGUGCGUCAUCAGCUAGCGUCUGAUUGGCUCAUUUACGGUCCAUUCAUUCCGAAUUGAAGGCGGGUCUUCUUUGCGAUUGGUUGAAUCUGGAGUAGGCGGGGAUAAUACGCUUUGCUCUUUGAAUGAGUUUUCCUGUACAGAUGGUGUCAAGUUGUCACGCCAUAGUAAUAAAAUGGAGCGCCGUUAAGUUGUCUUACUCAGCUGCACUAUUGUAGAUGCACUUGGUCUGUAGUUUGCACUGAGUGACCUUGAGCCCAAAACCUGAGCUUUUUCGAAUAUGCAGCAUUCUAACGUUAAAAACACUGCUCUUUUUGAUAGAAUCAUCACUCUAGGAAAACGCACACUGGCUACUCUGCAGGCCCUGGCCUCGAGUCUUAUUUGAAGGGAUUUAACUUCACUGGUGAGCCGCCUUGGCUUCUGUGCACCUGAGAAAGAAACAACUCUAAUUCCAUCUCUUUCAUAUCCAAGUGAGUACCUCAUUGUCCUUCUGCUUAUCCGGCACUAUAUUGCAUAUGUAAAGAUAACACUGUUAAAAACUGUUAAUCAGCUUAGUGCCAUGCUUUUUAAACUACUUACACUUGUACUUUUUGUAACUUUCUCAUGAGUGGGUGAUAAAAUAGACCUACGUGUUCAAGGAAAGAAAAAAACACUGUGUUCUCACUGCUGAGUACUGUCUCAAUGUGCCCAUCUCUCUCUUUCAGUUUACUAGUGACCAAGAAAAAGGACUUGUAGUGACCAUGAACACUGCCACUCCCACUGAGUUUGAAUUCUCAUUCCUGGAGGAGGGUUUUUCUGCUCGGGAUAUUGUUGAGCAAAAGAUCAAUGAGUCAUCCAUGACCGUAAGUUUCCAUUGCUGGCAUAGAGGUGGCACAUUUUGUUGUUGAUGCAACUGAUAGCAGGAUGUGACACUGGAAUCCUGCUGUUCAGGUGUAUGUUGUGGUGCUUCCUUCUCUCAACUCCAGGGAUCCUCUCUCCUUCUGCUGCAGGGCUGAUUUUUCCUAACAGUCCUUCUUUGUUUCUUCUAUUCUGUUUCAGGAUGACAGAGAUGCCUUCUAUGUCUGUGAUCUAGGAGAUGUCCUAAAAAAACAACUGCGCUGGGUGAGAGCUCUGCCUCGCAUCACUCCUUUCUAUGCCGUGAAAUGUAACGACAGCCGGGCUGUUGUCAUGACACUGGCAUCCCUUGGAACCGGCUUUGAUUGUGCAAGCAAGGUGAGUAUCUGAAACUUUCCAUCACGCUGGGUGGUCUCAGAAUAACACAAUACAAAGCUGUCUCGAUGAUGAGCUGAAAUUGCUUUGGCAGCUUUUGUCAUUAAAUUAGCACGUCUUUUAACUGACUGGUUGGCUGUGUCUCUUUUUAGACAGAGAUUCAGCUGGUUCAGUCUCUGGGAGUGGAUCCAAGCAGAAUCAUUUAUGCCAACCCCUGCAAGCAAGUUUCCCAGAUCAAGUAUGCGUCUGCCCACGGGGUUCAGAUGAUGACCUUUGAUAGCGAGGUAGAGCUGAUGAAAGUGGCACGUUGUCAUGACAAUGCCAAGUAAGUUUUAUUUUUAACCACAGAGGCAUUAAGAGCAUCUAUGUACGCUUCAUACUCCUGUUGUUCCCUUCAUACUAAGUGCUUAUUAUCUUUGUUCAGGCUGGUCCUGCGUAUUGCCACGGAUGACUCGAAGGCAGUGUGUCGACUGAGUGUGAAGUUUGGUGCCCCUCUCAAAGCUUGCCGUGGUCUUCUGGAGCGGGCUAAAGAACUGGGGCUGGAUGUGAUCGGCGUCAGCUUCCACGUGGGCAGUGGCUGCACCGACCCUGAAACCUACACUCAGGCUAUCGCUGAUGCCCGCUGUGUUUUCGACAUGGGAGUGAGUUGUGACAAAUGCAUGCACAGAUUUAAAACACAUUUUGAUGUAGUUUCGCUCAGAAAAGUAAACCUUGGUCUCUCUAUUUGUGAACUAGGAUGAGCUGGGCUUCAACAUGGACCUACUGGACAUUGGAGGUGGAUUCCCUGGUUCAGAUGACACUGAACUUAAAUUUGAGGAGGUAUCCUGAAUUUCUUUCACUUAUAAAAUAAAAGAACUAACAUUGGGUUUUUGAAAAAAAAUUUAAAACUCAUUAGACUAACACAAUUUUUUUUUCUCUGUCUCUUAGAUCACAGCCGUGAUUAACCCAGCCCUGGACAAGUAUUUCCCGGCUGACACUGGUGUUAGGAUCAUAGCUGAGCCUGGCCGCUUUUAUGUUGCCUCAGCUUACACACUGGUCGUUAACAUCAUUGCCAAGAAGGUCAUCAUGGAUGAGGAGUCUGCCUCUGAUGGUAAGAAAAUGAAAAUAUUUUCGAGAAGUGAUUUUAUUCUGAUAAUUUCUUAAAGCUUAAUCAUUGAUGCUUCUUCACAGAGGAGGAUGAAGGGACCAAUGACAGGACUCUGAUGUACUACGUCAAUGAUGGAGUGUAUGGAUCCUUCAACUGCAUUCUCUAUGACCAUGCUCACUGCUUGCCAACACUACAUAAGGUAAUGUCAUUUCAAGGAUUUAAACGGCUUCACUGUCAGUCAACAUACACAUAACCUAAGAACAGUGUUUGACAUGAUCUUUUCUCAUCCGUCUGAACCUUUUAGAAGCCAAAACCUGAUGAGGCCAUGUACCCCUGCAGCAUCUGGGGCCCAACAUGUGACGGCCUAGAUCGCAUUGUGGAGCAGUGUAGCCUGCCUGACCUGCAGGUGGGUGACUGGCUGGUCUUUGAGAACAUGGGAGCUUACACUGUGGCCGCCUCCUCCACCUUCAACGGCUUCCAAAGACCUGACAUGCACUACGUUAUGUCCCGCACUGCCUGGUAAGUAAAGGUCACAGAAGCUGGAAGUGGUUAAAGCUAGGCUAGGUGUCUUUACAAGGGAUUCGCCCCAAUAUUUCUACAGUCCAAAUUCAAGUUUUUCACCAUACUUCCUCCAAAUGUGUGAACGCUUAUCUCUACCUCGUACCAAAGCAGGGCCUGGUUUAGGUGAGAGCAGCCCCAUUAAAAGCAGAAAAGUCUUCUCUUUGCUUUUUGAUUGUAAACUGAGCUCAUAUCACAACGUAAAAAUGACACCAAAGGCAAAAUGACUGAAAAUGCCAGGGAAUGCAUGCCAGGUCAGUAGUUGGGAGUGUAACUUAGUCAUAAGCCUGUGCAUAUAGAAACAUUUCAAGGGGUCUGAUUUUACUAUUGCCAUUUUGCAGACAGAAGAGGCUUUUAAAAGAUUUCACUGUGGCACUCAAUCAAAAGUUUGCAUUUUUAGCCUAAAAAAAUUAUGAUUCCAUGUGAAGAAGUGGCCAAAACACAGCAAUUGUUUAUAGUUUUUUUAAUGUGUGCAUGUCUGUGCAAACUGACUCUAACCCGUUUUGUAAUUCUACAUUUCUUUCCUGAGUACGUCUGUCUGCUUAAAAGUACAACUUUCCAUUUAAGUUGCAUUCACCCUCUUUUAAUCAACUGACUCUCUUUUGUUGUUUGCAGGCAACAGGUGCAGCAGAUUUGCACCCAGGGCAUGCCAGCUCCUGCAGAGGAGUCUAGCCUGUUCGAAGUGCCUGCCUGCUGCGGCAGAGAGAGCACCUUGGAGAUGCCCACCAAGCCCUACCAGGCCCAUGUGGUGUAA